AUGGAGUUUGAUCUCUCCGACAUCUCGGACCUGAGCUCCGUGCCCUCGUCGCCGCCCCCCUCAGAGCGGUACUUGACUCCGUCAUCCCAGGAAGGGGAUGAUUCUGCGUCGCGCGGCCAAGACCCUCGCCCGGCAAAGAAGAGGCGCCGCAAGAACCCCUUGCCCCGGGAACGCACCACGCAGUAUCUCAACCUGUCCCAGGCCAAUGUUGACGAGGAUCAAUACGACCAACUAAACCUGCUGGUCAAAACCCUCCGCCACCAAAAGGACAUUGUCGCCAUUGCAGGUGCCGGUAUCUCCACCUCGGCGGGUAUCCCGGAUUUCCGCUCCACCGAUGGGUUGUUUAAAUCAUUACAACAAAAGCACAACCUCAAGGCCUCGGGUAAGCUUCUUUUCGAUGCAGCCGUCUACCAGGAUGACGCUUUGACCGCGUCCUUCCACGAAAUGGUGCGGUCGCUGUCCGAAGAUGCGGAAAAGACCGACCCGACCGCUUUCCACCACAUGCUGGCCCGACUCGGCCAGGAGUCCCGUCUGAAGCGCCUGUACACCCAAAACAUUGAUGGCAUCGAGACCUCGAUGCCGCCGCUGGCCACCGAGGUCCCGCUGAACGUCAAGGGCCGCUGGCCCGUCACCAUCCAGUUGCACGGCAGCCUCGAGAAGAUGGUAUGCCAGAAAUGUCGCUACCUGUGCGACUUUGACCGCGACAAGUUCAACCAACCAGAUGCGCCCGCUUGCUCCGAGUGCGCGGUGAAAAAUGAUUUCCGUGAAAAGACCGGCCAACGCAGCCAUGGAGUUGGACGCAUGCGGCCCCGCAUUGUCUUGUACAACGAACACAAUCCGGACGAGGAAGCCAUCACAUCGGUCAUGAACGCUGACAUCAAGUCGCGUCCCCGCGUGUUGAUUGUCGCUGGCACCAGCUUGAAGAUUCCCGGAGUGCGCCGACUGGUCAAGAGCUUGUGCACCGUUAUCCGCAGUCGCAAGGACGGCGUCACAAUGUGGAUCAACAAUGAACCGCCCAACGGCAAGGAAUUUGAGAAUUGCUUCGACCUCAUCGUUCAGGGAUCCUGUGACCAGGUGGCAAGUAUGGUCGACCUGAAGCAGUGGGACGACUCAACCCCAUAUCUGGAGUCCUCGCCCGAGCCCGUCAUUCCUGCCAAGCGUCGCCUGCACGAGGAGUGCUCGUCAUCCGACGUCGAGGCUCACACGGUACGCAAUGCGGUUUCCGUGGUCGUCAGCAAGACACCCACCAAGCAGCCCCGUGCCGACACCGGUCUAUUCACACCCUCGUCCAGCAACGACGAGAAGCCUACUGGCAAGCUGACGAACCCAGCCAGCCGCGGUCGCAACCUCAACGAUGUCCUCAAGGCCAACAGGACUACCGGCCCCGCCAAGGGUGGUCGCAAGAAAGCUGCUACCACAGCGGCCGCUUCCAAGAAACCCGCUCGGAAACCGCAGGCCUCCAAGGUAUCCAAAGCGGUCCCCAAGACCGCCAAGGCGGCCAAGAUCACUUCCUUCACCAAGGUCAGCAAGUCUUCCAAGACCUCGAGCACUACCAGCAAGCUCAAGAUCGACGGCAAACCAAUGCACCCUGUCCCGGUUGGUGCAGCGCGCAUGAAUGGCCUUUUGUUCCCUGGUCUGGUCUCGAAGCCGGCGGCUACCAUCACGCCCGACACAACUCCAUCGGAAGUGAUGUAG